UUACAAAAAGACAUACAUAAGAACUCAAGCCUCAACCUUAAAUCCGUUUGAACAAGCCAAAGUUCUGGUUGAACCACAAGUUAAACCGGCUCAUCAAGCUUUUGCCAGUUGCCACAGACCGUCAGAUCCUGCGAGUCUGCGGCGCAGUCGUACGGUACCGAAAUUCUCAUCUUUCAGCCUUUUGUCACUGUGUACGCCUACUGGAAGAGACGCAAGAGUGUUGCAGUGAAUGGCUUGCGAGGCAGAAAUUGACAAGCCUAGGUUCUUCGUGGCGGUUCACGUAGGCGCUGGAUAUCACGCCCCGUCCAACGAGAAAUCCCUCAGGUCCGCCAUGAAACGCGCUUGCCUCGCUGCCGCUUCGAUACUCGGCAAGGGUUCUGGUGGUUGCGUAGACGCCGUUUCAGCUGCCAUUCAAGUCUUGGAGGAUGAUCCAAGUACAAAUGCGGGUCGUGGUUCCAAUUUGACGGAAGAUGGUUCUGUAGAAUGUGAUGCCAGUCUCAUGGAUGGUGCUUCUGGUGCAUUUGGAGCUGUCGGGGCAGUGCCAGGUGUCCGGAAUCCCAUCCAGAUUGCUGCUUUAUUGGCCAAAGAGCAAAUUAUGGGGUCUUCAUUACUUGGUCGAAUACCACCCAUGUUCUUGGUAGGUGAGGGAGCCAGAUUAUGGGCGAAGUCCAAGGGAAUUGCUUUGCCAGAAAAAAUAACUGAGGCCAAUAAGUGGCUAGUAACAGAGAAGGCCAGAACACAAUGGAAAAGGUACAAAGCAAUGCUUGCUGAUGCUGAAGCGAAGACAGCUAUAAUCAUGGGAGGUCUUCAUUCUAGUACACAAGAGUCCAGUUCAAUAUCAGAAAUUGGAUGUCAUCCUUAUAGCCCUUUAGAGGGGAGCAAGGGCAAUGAAGUGCCUGUGCCAAAUUCACUGGAAGAGGACAGCAUCAUGGACACCAUUGGAGUAAUUUGCAUUGAUACUGAAGGAUGCAUUGCCUCUGGGGCCUCAAGUGGUGGUAUAGCACUUAAGGCUGGCGGACGUGUUGGGUUAGCAGCUGCUUAUGGUUCAGGUUGCUGGGCUUCCUCAAAAGGGCCCUUUGGUGCUCCUUUUAUAGUUGGUUCUUGUGUUACGGGUGCAGGAGAGCACUUAAUGAAAGCAUUUACAGCUCGAGAAUGCUGUAUAUCAUCAUCACUUUCACAAGCUGGUCCUGCUUCAGCAUGCUUGAAAGUCUUGCGCACUUUUGUUCAAAAUAGCAGUCAAAAUUUAAGUGCUGGGAUUUUGCUCGUGGAAGCUGGUGCUCCUUUGACGGUUGCUGGAAAUUCACCGAAGCUGAAAGCAGUGGAGAUAGCAGCCGCAUACUCUUCCUUGUCUUUUGGAGUGGGAUAUUUUGGAAGCUCCAUGAAACGACCCAAGGUUUCGAUUCUCCGGAGCACUAAACAGCAGAGCAGAAGUGGGAUAGACCAUUUUGAAGCUCUAAUUGAUCUCUCUGCUGAAAAUUUGUUGUGACUUGUUACUGCUGAAACAAUGAUCCUUUGUCCAGUUGUUGGGGAAGAUAAUUGUUGUCCCCUUUGUGUCAUAAAACAUUGGUUGAUACUGUCAAAUUAACACCACCUAUUUUGGCCAUACAUAAGGCACAUCCAGCAUUUUAUGGUUACCCUAGUUGUUGGACAGUGAGAUCAGCCAAUUAGAGGAACACAUUGUCCAUUGAUUGUAAAAUUUGUGAAACUCCCUAAACUAGUAUCCCUUACCAGGUUUAAUAAUGUAAUGAACUCUCAAGUCAGGAAUGCAAACAUAUAUCAGAUUCCAAUGCUGAAGUGCUCCUUCA